AUUUUACAUACUACACCCAAAUAGAAAAGAAUAAAAAAAAAAUUAAACAGACAGACGAUCUGAAGCGGAGAUCGGCGGAGACGGUUUAGGUUUCUGACACGUGGUUUUAACCGAUCCGACGGCAUGCAAUGAAGGAGAGGAUUUGGGUCUCUUGGUUUAUGGAUUCGGAAAACCCGUUGCUCCCCUUCGAGCCUCAUCUCUCGUCUUCAUCUCUGAGAGAUCAGAGAGUUGCGAAACCCUUUCCGCCAUUUCCCUCUUCUUUCUUCCUCCUCUCUUUGUCUCUGUUCAGCGGCAUCCGAAGCCAAAGUCUCCACAGACGAUGUUUUCCUGAAAUAGUCUCAAUAUUGAGGGUUCAAACGUUAAAGAGGCCUAAGAGCAGAAGCAGACUUUGGAGAGAAGAACCUGUUUCUCUAACACUUCAACGCUCCAUAAAAUGGCCUUCAGAAAGCUCCCAAAGCCGAUGACCAUGGUGAAAUCUCUACAGACUCCUUCAGCUAUUAUCCCCACAAAAGAAACCCCGAAGCUCAUCCCUCUCCCAAGUGUAUCUCUAUCGCUUACUUCUCAAGAACAGCUCCUGCAAUUCCUUAGAACCCAUCUUAAACCCCCAUUCACUCCUCACGUCCUCCUCAACUUCCUCAAGAAAAAGCUACACUACCACCCCAAAUUCACCCAAUUUGACAUCCACAUCUUCCAAUGGGCUUCGGAGAUUGAUUCUUUCCGCCACGACCACUCUACCUAUGAGUGGAUGAUCAAAACCCUAGCAAUCACCGACAGGUUUGAUGAUCUCCAAUCCGUCAUCGAAGGUAUGAUAUCAAACCCAUGUCCAUGCUCCGAUGGAAUUUUUUCAUGCCCUAGGACGGAACCCAUUUUCAGAUUCGUGAUCAAUUUUUACUGUAGAGUUGGACGCUUAGAUGAGGCGUUGGUUGCAUUUGAGAAUAUGCGGAAAUUAAUUGAUGGAAAACCUAGUGUUAUUGUCUACAAUAUACUGAUCAAUGGGUUUGUGAAAUCGAGACAACAUGAGAAGGCUUUGGAAUUAUAUGGUAGGAUGCUUAAGGAUAAGGUUAAACCAGAUGUAGUCACCUUCAAUAUAUUGAUAAGCAGCUACUGUCGGAAUUCGCAGUUUGAGCUGGCUCUGGAUGUGUUUAAAGAAAUGAAAAUUAAGGGUUGUAACCCUAAUGUGGUCAGUUUCAAUACUCUGAUCAAGGGAUUUCUUAGAGAGAAGAAGUUUAAAGAGGGAAUUAGUAUGGCUUAUGAGAUGCUUGAUCUGGGUUGUGGGUUCUCAAGUGUGACGUGCGAGGUUCUGCUUGAUGGACUCUGUAGUGAAGGUAGAGUUUUGGAAGCUUGUGAUCUCUUGAUCGACUUCUCAAGAAAAGGAGCUGUACCUCGUAAGUUCGACUUCUUAAAUGUUAUUGAGGGGCUCUGUGUGAAAGGCAAGGUUGAUAGAGCGCUGGAAAUGGUGGAUGAGUUGUGGGCAGAAGGUAACUUCCCGAAUCCGGUUGCUUGCACUACUUUGAUAGAAGGUCUGAGGGGAACAGGAAAGAUAGGGGAAGCAUUGAGAUUGAUGGAGAGAAUGCUAAAGAAGGGGAUAGUACCAGAUAGUGUGACAUAUAAUUGUCUUCUCCAAGCUCUCUGUGAUGCAGGAAGAACAACAAAUGCAAAUAAAUUGAAGAUAUUAGCUUCAAGAAAGGGUUUGGAUCCUGAUGGUGCAACAUAUAAUAUAUUGGUUUCUGGGUAUUCCAGGGAAGGUAGAAUGAAGGAGGGGGAAGUGUUGUUGGAUGAGAUGUUGGAUAGAGGAUUUAUUCCUGAUCUUGCUAGUUAUAACAGGCUAAAGGAUGGGCUUUCUGUUGGAAAGAAUUUUGUUAUUCACCAGAGACGGUGGGUGAACAGAAAAAAUAAAUAAAAAUUGCGUUUGGUACUGCACUAACUAUUUUGGACACUAGUGUGGUUCCCUGCUAUUAUGCCAAUGGUUAAGUAGAAAUGAUCUGCAGCAGGCUACUUUGCCACUUAUAUGUAUAAUAUUUGAUAUGAAGAAGAGAUCCUACAAGCAGAAGGCAUACACAAAUUGAGCAGUUAUUUAGAGGUCUGUUGGAGCCUUGGAAGGUGAUGAAUCAAAAUAACAGAGAGAAACAGAGAAAGUCAAUAGGAGUACGUCGUUGCUUCUCAUUCUAAAUGAGGUAUGUUUUUAUACGGUUGUGACCUUCUCUCACUGCCUUUCGUAGGACGCAAUUGUAACCCAUUAAUAACCUGGACUAAUAGAAUGGUCCAUAGAAUGUAAAGCUGAGGGAAAAUGUGAAGUUUUCCUCAUGGGUUCUGGAACCAUUUGUUGGUGGAGACGGGAGAGAAGGUAACAGUAUAAACAACCACAGCCCAUGUUCUUGACUACAACGGGGAGUACUGUAUAUUGGCUGAUUGAACAGUUAAAACUGAUUCUUUCUGUCCGAUUGAAUUGGCGCUGCAUUUGCUUGGGUCUCCCAGUUAGUAGCUCAUUAGUACCUGAAACUAAAGAAAUUUCUGACUGGAGGCACUAUUGGAGAUCAUUGCCCAAAGGAAAAUGAAGUUUAAUGUCCAGUUCAGAGUAAUUCUCAUCAAGAAUGCCUGGGGGGUGUGGGGUUUUUUGAAUCUUGAGUUACUGUACCAUAUAGAAUUAUCCUUGUUGAGUUUGUCCAUUGUCAAUGUAUAUAUGAUUUUCUCU